CCCCCCUCCUCCCAUAGCAAAACCCAUCUUAGUGUUGUAUCUCAAAAGAAGAAGAAAAUGUCUUUAUUCUGUUUAUUUUCCAUGCUUGCUACUUUCCAUUCUCCGGGCCAUUCUCCAAUAAAAGGGCUUCCAAAGUCUCAAAGUCUUUCGGAUGGUGACGUUAAAGGUCGGUCCCAGACGUAAAUAAUCAUAUCUGAUUGAUACACGUCUGACAAAAACUCAAAUACACACACUCAAAGAGCACGUCUAGCCAAGCAGUGACGUCGCGUCGUGCAUAAUGAUUUGCGCUGGAGAUGAUGACAGACCGAGAUCAGAUAGAGAACGAGACUAGAAAGUUUUGCCGUUCUUUCUAACGAACAUUGAGUCGUAUUUGACGAAUAAUGGAGCGGCCUUCAUUUCAAGGGUUGUCUGCUUUGUGAAGCAAAACGACUAUGUCAACAGAAACACACAUUCCAAAACCACUUUUGCUCAUCUGUAGCCUUUGGCAAAUAAUGGAAAAAAAAUCAGAGGACAAGCCCCACACAGAGACCAGACAGCACUUAGAAUGCCUCUUACUCUCUAAAUGUCAACAAGACCUGGUUCCAUUCUAGGGAUAUUUAUCUGCAUUCGUGUACUUGCGUCCAGGUUACAAUGGCGAGAGGUUUGAGAAUGCUCCAAACUAUUUCAUCAUGUCUUAUUCUAUCUGCUGCACUGGUAGCCAUUUUGGCCACUUCCAUAGACGCAGCGAACCCCAAAGCUUACAAGGAAGCGCUAAAAGCCAAGGAAAAGGAAUCCCAAGGGGAGAGUGUCGUCGGAGGGGCACAGCUUGGGAAGCGAUCCCAACGAGACCGCUACUGGCUGGCGAACUCCUGCGGGAAGCUUGCGGGUCUGAUGCAGACGAAGAAGAGGGUGAUCCAGAAGUUGAACCAAACCAUUUACGACGUGGAUUCGAAUUUUAAACUUCCCAGGGAAGAGAGGGCGUUUCAGAUCCACACCUUUCAGAUCUUUCAGAAGGAGAUUAAUGAGAGUGAGAAUGAGAUCUUCAUGGCCAUUAAUGGACUACAGAGGGCGCUUCAGGGCAAUUACAAGGACAUUAUCAACAUGAAAGAGAGCAGCCGCCUUCGUCUGGAUGCCUUGCGAGAGGCGACCCUGAUGGAGGAACAGGAGUACAAUGACCUUGUGGCAGCAGAGAAGAAACAGAUAGCAGCCAAGGUCCACCUUCAACAUCUCAAUUUUGGCAACUCUUCAAACCAUACCAAGGUCGAGACUAUCCUAGAUGAAAUAUUUCAGGAGGUAGCUGAAGCCGCAGAUAAACUGGAGGUUGAUAUCGAGGAACAUGCUUUUGAUAAGAGUAAGAUGGCAAAAGGAUCACAGAUCGAGGCCGUGGUUCGUAUUGAUGAGAUCCUGACCAAUUAUAACAACUCAAACUCUGUGAGGAAAAGAGCGGUUCAGCCAGGGAUGAGUGUACUCAUAGAUACCAGUAACAAUCAGUAUGUGCUCACGAAGCCCAAGGAUACAACAGUUCCACUUGAAGACCAUCAUUUUAUCAAGGAUAUACUCUUAAUGGUGGUUUUGGCCGCUAUCCUCGGCUGGGCAAGCAGUGCUAUGGGCUUUCCAGCGAUGUUUGGAUACAUUAUGACUGGUGUUAUACUAGGAUCUGAUGGUUGUAAUAUCAUCAAGGCAGUAGUACAAGUUGAGAGCCUUGCUGAAUUUGGUUCUUUCUUCAUACUUUUCUCUGUCGGCUUAGAAUUUUCUCCUGAAAAGAUUAAAAAGGUAUGGAAGGUUGCUCUCAUAGGCAGUGUAGCAAUGAGCGUUCUGAUGAUCAUCUAUGGCAUCCUCUUUGGGUUUGCCUUACAUAUUAUCCCGAGACAGAGUGCUUUCAUUGCAGCAUGCUUGUCCCUUUCAAGCACUCCGUUGGUCGUCAAGUUUCUCAGUUCUAACUCCGCACGCAGAGAGAAAGAAGAAGAUGUUGGGGAUCAUGAUUAUAGUCACACACUACUUGGGAUCCUAGUAAUGCAGGAUGUCCAACUAGGUCUUUUAGUAGCUAUCAUGCCCACGCUAGCUGGAGCUGACAAUUCAUUAUCAGACACCCAACAGCAAUUGUCUCUACUAGUCAGCAUUGUGGCAACCUUCAGACUUAUUCUAUGGCUUGCCUUAGCAAUGGGAAGUAUUCUGCUACUCACCUACACAUUCAGCAAACUAGUUGUACCAUUCAUCUUUCAUCGGUUAAAACAAGAAGGCAACAAGGAAAUUCUAUUGCUUGCUACAAUAUCAUCUGUUUUCAUCAUGCUUAUGAUCACAGAUUCCUUGGGUUUAUCAAUGGAGCUUGGUUGUUUUCUAGCUGGUGCUAUGUUAAGUACCCUCGGACAUACAUUCAUAGAAGAAUUGAAUGUAAUGGUAGAACCCGUAAGAGAUGUCUUUGCUUGCCUCUUCUUCGCAUCUAUUGGUCUUCAUAUAUUCCCAACGUUUGUAGCCUAUGAGCUGACUAUUCUCCUAAGUCUUACUUUUACUGUGGUUAUCCUGAAGUUUUUGACAGGUGUGUUUGUUCUCGGUAUCCUACUGCCAUUGAGUAAUAGGCAUAUUAAAUGGGUCGUAGCGUCAGGCUUAGCUCAGGUCAGUGAAUUCUCAUUUGUCCUCGGAAGCAGAGCGAGAAGAUUGGGAAUUCUAUCAAGAGAGGUUUACCUAUUAAUAUUAAGCGUUACAACUCUAAGUCUCUUGCUGGCACCUAUUCUGUGGAGGAUAUCUGUGUGGCGAUGUAGAAGGCAUGUUCACAGACCGGUCUUGACCAGGCUCAAGUCUACAAGUGAGAGUGAAAAAGAGAUUGGGACAAAGAUAGUUUGAUAGUGGAUCCAGGUCUACCCAAUCGAGGUCCAGGACUAUGAGAUGACACUGCCAUAUGAACUUAAGACAUCACUGCCCGAGACCCUAAUAUGGAACUGACCUCCCUGCCUCAUUGUGAUUGGAAUAUUUAAUAAUAAUGAUGAUAAUGAUAAUAAUAAUAAUAGCUGGAUUUAUAAAGCGCUUUUUGCCUGAGGAUACAAAGCGCUGCUGUUAUUACCCCAUCACCGGCGCUCAGUGCAUGCAAGGAAUUAAUCCUGCCGGAUACCCAGUCACCUCACCUGGGUCGAGUGCAGCACAGUGUGGAUAAAUUUCUGGAUUUAUAAUUUAGCACCGUUGCCAGAGAAUAUAAAGCACAAUUUUUAUUGUGAUAAUAACAUGCUCAGUGCAUUGAAUCCAACUCAGCACACCUGGGUUGAGGACAGCACAAUGUGGCUAAAUGUCUUUGUGAAGGAAAUCGUGCUGUGGCCGGGAUUUGAACCCACAACCCUCUACUAGAAAGAUGAGAGUCAGAAACACCAGGCCACAGCUACCCACCCAAUAUAGACCCGGGGCUGCGUUUGAAUUAUGCUUGAAGCUGGAAUUGUAUCUGUGAGUUACAAUUUGGAACUGUGUUUCGUGAGUUUGAAGCUUGGGACCAAGUCUUCUUUAUUUUCAGUUGUAUUUCUAGUCUGUUUGAUGAUUGAUGAAUUUGUAAGACUAUGUUGAUAUGUUGAAUAUGUCGAUAUUUAAGACUGGUGUUGCACCAAGUUAGACAAGGAUAUCGAAGAUAUAAAAUGAGCUAUGAAUUGAUUUGCCGAAUAGACCAUAUUUUUAUAUUUGAAUUCUGAUAGGCCUUGAGGGCUAUAAUUUUGUACAACAUGGUAAAAUAAUGUGAGAGAAAAUGAAAAUAAGAUGUGUUCCUUAAGGUUCAGUCUUAGGACCAUCUGUGUUUAAUGAUCAGAUGAGGUUCAUAUUAUGCACACAGAUAUGAAAUGCUGAACAUUGGAAGAAUAGAAAAUAGAUUCAUUGACAUUUAAAGAAAAUUGACACUGACUGGCUUUCAGGAAUGUAUCAGCUAGUAUUAGAUUGCUUGAAGAAAAGGGAAGGUAUCUGUGCUAUGAACAGUCACUAUAAGUAUAGUCCGUAUCAGACAUUUGGAGCAAAAUUAAGGAAUUGUUAAAAUUUUAUACUACAAUUGGGCUGUUAAAACUGAUAAAUCUGUAAUGUAAAUGUUGUAACCUUGCGUACAGAAUUUGGCAUUUUACUUCCUCAUUCAUAACUCAUAAGUUAGACCUUUUUCUGAUCUUCUAUUCCAGUGUAGUGUCCAUAACUAUCAGUUUUCCUUUUUUUCUGCUACAAAAGAAUGGAAACAAUAUCUCCAUUUAUUGUGUAAAGUCAUUACUGUAACUUAUUUUGUAACAAGGGAUACGUUUUUGGUGCACAAGUAUGAAAAAAAAAACACUUUAAGAUUAAAAAAAUAAAGAGGAUAUAAUGUCAUCAUCCAGUUGAAUGUAUAUUCCUAAUGACAUGUAACUUAACUGAUAUGAUGUAAAAGUUCAAGAUGCUCUAUUAACUUUGUUGUUAUUUAAUCAGAUUUUAAUAUUUUCACUGUUUUCGUUGUUUUUAAUUUUCACUAUUCAGUAGUCUGCCCAUAAACAUGACUCGUUCCACAAUCCUUCAUAUUUUCAUUGGACUUUAUAAGUUGAAUUUUGUGUAGAAAAGUGUUACUUGUAGAAUCAGGCGCUUUGUGCUUUCAGUAGAAAAGGAAAUACAUUUAUUUUAAUAAGUUAUAUUUUCACCUUGCAUAAUUUAUUUUCAUUUGUAUUUGUACUCAUUGUGUAAAGAUUGAUUCAUAUUUUUUUAUAGAGCAGAUCUAAAUAUUUUUAUUUGCUAAUGCAGUAAUCCCUUUAUUCAUUUAUUUGCCUCUUCAUCGGGGUAUUGAAUAGGCAAACCUCAUCUAAAAUAGGCAGUGCAAAUUUUGCUCGAAUUAUUUUAUUGAGAAGGAAACUAUUUGUAUUAACUGAAUUCUGAGCUAUCUUGACUGUGAAAAGGAUUUUAAGGCAAAAUUUCAAUAUAGAUGAGCUUGUACUUGUAUGCCAGUGUUUUGGUAUACAGUAUGUCCCAAAUAAAAUCCUCUAAAUAGACAAAAGAAUGAUGUACACGGGAAUCUAAAUCUAAUCUAAAUUAUUAUUACAUAUUUAGAAAUUCUACUUGAAAUUUACGUUCCUACAAAUAUUCAAAGGUCUCGCUUUGUUGGUCUUAAAUACGCAGGUUCUUUAGUAACAGCACUGCUUGUCAACCCAUUCCAAAUUUGAUAAAACCUAGCAAUGCGCACUACACAAUUGGAUGAAUUGGCAUUAGACCAAAUGGAAAUAAACCAAUUUUCAGAUAAAUUUGAGUACUUGAUUCACUUGUGUCUAAAAGAGACAUUUUUAUUGAUACCUGCUUUACAUGAGACUAUUUCAAUAUCUGAGACAUAGUGAUAAUGUAAACUGGUUGGACCUUCCCCCUUGAGAACUGAUUUAUAUUUGUUUUAUUAAUCAUAUAGGUCACAAAGCAUAAAAUUCAUGCCAUUAUUGUAUGUGUUGUUUACAAUCCUGAGCUUGAUAGGUUCUGUGUUUGUUCUGUAAAAUUGAAUUCAUUUUAGGAGGUGCUGUUCCUAUCUAGAUUAAAGGGAUGGUCCAGGCUGAAAAUGUUCAUAUCUAAAUAAAUAGAGUAAAAUUCACAGAACAAAAUGCUGAAUAUUUCAUCAAAAUCGGAUAACAAAUAAUGAAGUUAUUGAAUAUCAAAGAUUUGCAUUCUGGUAAAACAGUUCUAAGCAUGUCUUCAUGAAUAUUCAUUAGGUGGGCUGAUGAUGUGUGUGAAUUUUACUAUAUUUAUUGAGAUAUAAAUAUCUCCAGCCUGGACCAUCCCUUUAAAGCUUAUAUAAUGGGUGCAUACAUUUUUAUUAUGUUUAAUUUAUAUUGUGCGCUAUGUAAUAGAUUUGCUUUUGCAAAAUGUUGAAAGGAAUUGUGUAAUGAGGUCAUAUAAGAACUGAAUUAUUAUUUUCUUUUUACUUAAUCUCAUUGUCAUACAUUUAUUUGUAAUAAUUGUAAAAUGACACAGAGUAUUUGCCGAUUGGAAGUACGCUUUGAAGAUUUGGAUGUUAGAUGAUACUGCAUUAGAGUUCACAUUAAUUAA